UCAACGACACAGUUCAGUUCGGUACGACUUCAAACGGUGCUCUUCAUAUAUACAAAUACAUAAAUAUAUCUUAUCGAUACUGUAAGCAAGUGAAAACUUAAUUUCGAAGCUUGUGUGUGACAAACCUAAAGUUUCAACAUGGUGAAUCCCGAUGACACAUCCGACGCACACAAUGAAGAGCUUGCUCUGGACACCAGUAUUUCGCAUAGAAAUGGCAACUCUGGUGCGCCCAUUGUUGCCAACAUCGCGUCAAACGGUGACAACAAACUCAUUCAGCGUAUGUACGAGCCGCGGGAACGAUUUAUAAUAACAAAGAAUGUUGUUGUCAUUGGUCUCGCAUUCAUGAUACACUUCACGGCUUUCCAUGGCACAUCCAAUCUGCAGAGCUCGGUGAAUGCUGACAAGGCACUCGGAACCACAACACUCGCUGUCAUCUACGGCUCUCUCAUACUGUCCAACAUCUUUUUGCCCAUGACAGUGAUUAGUUGGUUCGGCUGCCGAUUGACCAUGGCAUUGGCUCUGUUUGCCUAUAUGCCCUACAUUGCUGCCCAGUUUUAUCCGCGCUUCGAGACACUUAUUCCCGCUGCCCUCAUGGUGGGAUUUGGCGGCGGUCCACUCUGGUGCUCCAAGUGCACAUAUUUGUCCACCGUCUCCGAGGCACUCACCCAGGUGCGGGGAAGCAACUCACGCAAAGAUGUGAAUACGGUCAAGUUCUUUGGACUGUUCUUCAUCUUCUAUCAAAUGGCCCAGGUGUGGGGCAAUCUAAUAUCCUCCUCGGUGCUCACAUUGAGCUCUGGUAAGUCGACAUCACCGGCAAACGAGAGUCUGGCUGUGGAGGACCUGGAAGCGAGCAUCAGUCGAGUGGGUGAGCUGUGUGGUGCUCAAUUCUGUCCAGGCAUUGGCGCUGAGAUUAAUCCCAAUCUGGUGCCGCCUGCACCAGAGCAAAUUCGAUUGCUGAACUCCAUAUUCCUGGCGUGCAUGGCCGGAGCGGUGGUUAUGAUGAUCUUUGGUGUAAGCUCCCUAAAGCGCUACGGCGUUAAGCGCGGCGACACUGGCGAUGGAAUCUCUGGCCUAAAGCUGCUGACAGUGACCAUUAAUUUGUUGCGGAAACGUCGCCAGAUGCUGCUGCUGCCCAUAACUAUGUUUAUUGGAUUGGAGGAGGCAUUUCUCGCAGUGGACUUUACGCGCUCGUUUGUUGCCUGCGGUUGGGGAAUUUCUAAUAUUGGAUUCGCCAUGAUUUGUUUUGGCGUUGCCAAUGCGAUCGCCGCAGGCAUCGCUGGAGCUCUCGUGGAGCGCAUUGGACGUGUCACCCUGGCGGCCAUCUGUGCGGUGCUCAAUCUGUGCCUGCUCACCUACAUGUACAGCUGGGAGGCCCAAGAGGGGGAUUACCUGAGCUACUGUGCCUUCGCGGCCAUUUGGGGCAUUUGCGACGGUGUCUGGUUGGUGGUUGUCAAUGCAUUUUAUGGCAUCCUGUUUCCCAACCAUCUGAUUGCCGCUUAUAGCAACUUCCGUUUAUGGGAGAGCACUGGUUCGGUUAUUGGCUAUGUCAUCAGCUCACAGUUGUGCACAUCCACCAAACUGAUCAUCCUGAUGUGUGUGAUGCUCGUGGGUUGCGUGGGAUAUGGUCUCAUCGAGUAUCGUGUGUGGCAAAAGCAGAAAAACAUGGAUGCCAUGCUUAGUGAUUGAUGAAGAGUAAACUCCGAAA